UCUCGAUGUCGAUAGUGCAAUUCAGUUUAUAAUUUGUAUUCGAUCACAUGGCAGUCUUCACGGAAGAUUUCGAAGAUAAAAGUCAAGAAGAUGGUGUCUUCCCAAAAGCCCGCCACAUAUUCGGUCUCAUGGGAUUUCUGGGAUUCGCUGUCGUUUAUUCAAUGCGUGUCAAUCUGUCCAUAGCCAUCGUAACAAUGGUCAAUCAAACAACCAUUCCUCACCAUAAUAUCAACAAUUCCACUGCCGAUGAAACUUGCUCUACAAGUUCUACGUCGUCGGCGUCGACUACGACGUCGUUACUGUCCCCAUUUUCAAACAUUUCAAAACAUCAAAGCUUCGAAGCAGAAGGUGAGUUCGAUUGGGAUGAAACAACACAGGGGCUUGUUUUGGGUUCGUUUUACUAUGGAUACACGUUAACUCAGAUCCCCGGAGGUCGGAUGGCUGAAAUUUAUGGAGGGAAAAUGAUCUAUGGAAUUGGAGUCUUGACUUGUGCAGUCUUCACUCUACUGACACCAUUAGCUGCCCGUUGGAAUCUCACGGCAAUGUUGGCAGUACGUUUUAUUGCGGGAUUGUGCGAAGGAGUUACAUAUCCAUCGAUACACGUAAUGCUGUCGCAUUGGAUUCCUCCUCUAGAGAGGAGCACGUUCUCAGCCAUGGUCUAUUGCGGUUCCUACAUAGGAACUUUCGUUUCUCUUCCAUUCGCUGGAUGGCUGUGCACCUUGGAUUUUAUGGAUGGUUGGCCACUGGCUUUUUAUAUAUUCGGAAUUUUCGGUAUUGUGUGGUUUGGAUUUUGGAUGUAUCUUGUUCACGAAUGGCCAAGCACACAUCCCCGGAUAUCACCAAGUGAACUGGCAUUCAUCGAACGAAGUGUGAAGCUAACCCAAAGUGAAAGUCACGCCGCCAGCGCCGCAGCCGAGAUGGAAAAAACACCUUGGUUGUCGAUUCUGACUAGUCUGCCAUUGUGGGCUAUUGUAAUCACUCAAUUCGCAUGGUCGUGGAGUUUGUUUACCCUGAUGACAGAACUGCCCACUUACAUGGAUCAAAUUCUUCACUUCGAUGUUCAGUCUAAUUCCGCUCUGAGUGGUCUUCCAUUUCUGACAACCUAUUUAAUGGGGGUUCUGUGUUCUAGAGUCGCCGAAUGGUUUCUUGAAAACACCAACAUAUCAUUGGUGAAUUCGUAUAGAUUGUGGAAUUCGAUUGCGAUGGUUAUUCCUGCAUUUGGUUUGAUCGGGGCUGCUCAGGUCGGUUGCAAUGGGACAUGGGUUAUGGUUAUGUUGGCUGGUUUAGGGGCGUUUAGUGGAGCAAUUUACGCCAGUAUUCAAUUGAAUCAUAUUAAUCUUAGUCCGAAAUAUGCUGGCACAAUGUAUGGCUUGACCAACACCAUCGGUUGCAUGACGGGAUUUUUGAGUCCCUACGUUACGGGCUUGAUUAUAAGUGGCAAUAAUACUUUGGCACAGUGGAGAUAUGUGUUUUAUUUGGCAGCGGCCCUAAAUUUUGUCGGAAAUUUGUUUUAUAUAAGAUUUGUAAGUACCGAAGAACAAAGUUGGUCAAUUAAUUCAAAGAAUAGAUGAAAGCAAAAAUUAUUUUAAGCUACCAUAAUUAUUUUAAAGACAUAACCUUAAGCGUACUUUUAAUGAUGUUGUAUAUAAAUUAAACACUAAAUUUAGCAUUUUACGUUUUCUUUUCUCAUAAAAACAAAUCAAUAAAUCGGUU